UUUUUCCAUUGUGACCAAACUUAACUGUGCUGUUCUUGUCUAUCAUAAUAAAUACAGUUGCUUAUGCGUACAAUUAUUAUGCUGACAGAUUAUAUCUUUCUUGGUACAAUAAUGAUUUCUGAUUUCUCUUUCUGCCCUGUUUACUGAAACAAAAUUCCAGCUUAACAUUUGGACCUUUUUGGUAAUUUGGAUAAUUUUAGCAUUCAAACCAAGGGACUGGUGAAGGCUGAGCUUUUUUGGUGCAUGUUGUUGACCAUUCUCUUAUUGUAGUAAUUUUCCUGCUCAGUAAGUUACUUCCCUUAGGGUGCUUGCAAAACAAAACCUAGGGGCUGCUGAUUUCUAUUGUUACACUUCUCAAGUAUAUUUAUUAGAUUUCCCAUUCCUUAUUUUCUCAUUCCCGAUAAUGGAUUAGAUCCUUUACACCUCUAGUGUUCCAGAAUAUUUGUGAUCCUGAGUACUUUCUCCCUUUGGAAGGUAUUUAUGGAUUUACCUGUUGAUGUCAAAGAAAUACUUGCUGCAUUUUCCUCGAGAAAUUCUAUAUAAUUACUGCUUUCUUUGAAAUAUUAUUAUGUGGGUAGUCCCUUUGGCAAUAACUGUAUGGUUCACAAGGUACUAGGUGUUGGAUUCUCCUGGAAUGUGUUUUCAAGGUUGGUCACCAAUAUGGUUUUAACUUUUAAGCGACAUACCAUUAUGGUUUUAGAAUGGGAACUAAUGUGAAUUUAUAAUAUAGUAGUUAUAUAUGUUGCUUUGCUCGAUCGUUUUGCCACCAUGAUUUCUGUAUCAUGAAAGAUUUCCUCCGAUAUAUGUAUACAGUAUACACACGCAUACCCAAUUUGAUUUUAUGACAGAUUCGUUUUCUAAAGAAGGUUUGAAAAUAGUGGAUAGAGUGAAGCCAGUAUGAACUAAAAAAAUGGUCUAUAAGGGGGAAUUUACUUCUAGGGAUUAGAUUGAUUGAUAAAACAUAUGAUUGAGUAUGAUAAGAUGGUCAAACAAGUUCAACAUUAAUCAAUCCAUCAAAGUAAAUGGUAGAUUAGCUUGGAUUAUUUUUAUUCAUCCAUCCUAUCACUCAAAAUAAACGCCCCCAGUGUAUAUGAAUUACCCUCUCUUUUGAUGCUCAAUAUUAAUCAAUUACAAUUAGGAGGCUGAUUAUUCCACCUGCACACUCGCAAUUUGCAUGCUUUACUUGCUAAAUUCUGACAUAAAAAGGAAACACUCUAUGCUUAUUAAACUGAGUACUUUUCUGAUGAUAUGCCAAGAUUGAUAAUGAUAGGUACAAUAGUUUCCUGGAAUGAAACAAUCAGACUCUAACCCUCUUUCUUUCAUUCUUUCCUUAUUUACAGCAAUGUAAGGGAAUGACAUUUGCCUCACAACUGAGAAACUUGCUUCAAGUUUUAGUCCUGACCAUUUACUUAUUUGCAGAAGUUCUUUUUGUUUAUUAAUGAGUUUAUAUGGAAAAUGAUGUCACAGUCCAGUAUCUUAAGGAACAGAAAGGGUACUUGGGGAGCAAUUGAAACAGUAUUAAUCAAAUAAGUUCAUCCUACGAACAUGUUUGCAACCUCCAAGUGGUUGAAAGGAUGCAUGGGGCUGCAAAUAUUGUGUGCUGACUCGGAACUCCUUUAAGAAGCCACAGACAUAAUUAGUCAUCUUUAAGGCGCUCUAUAUUUCUUCAAUGGCAACCUUGAGGACGAGUGCCGGAGCAAGUCAGGGAAGGAACACUUACCCAAGAUGGCAUUGGACACAUGAGGAAGAUGACCUCCUAAGAACCCUUGUCCAGGAGCAUGGUCCAGCAAGGUGGGGCCACAUUGCAACUCAUAUCCAAGGGAGAUCAGGGAAGAGCUGUAGGAUAAGGUGGCUCAACCAAUUGCAGCCAGGACUUAAUAAGACACCAUUCAGUGUAGAAGAAAAGCAAAAGCUCCUUGAGCUUCACAAAGACUUUGGGAACAGGUGGUCUGUCAUAGUCAGGUACUUCCCUGGUCGAACAGAUAACCAAGUGAAGAACCACUACCAUAUACUUGCAGGGACUAGGAAAUCCACACCCUCAUCUUCCAGCAAUGAUCCCCAUGUCCCUCUGGAUAAUGGAUAUUCACAGUUUUCUGAUGUUACCAGUGGAGGAACGACGCCUCCAUUCAUUAGUGGUUCCUCUUCUGUCUAUGGAAUGGCUGUAAAUUUAACCCAGGUUGGAGCGCCCUCUUCCAUCCCGAACAGCCCUGGUUCUCACCCACAUCAGAGAAUUAGCGAUGGGAGUUCCAUGAUCUCAGAUGCGACUUCUGCUUGCAUCCAAGGUCCUGAAUUCAUCGACUUUUUGGGGGUUGGGAGUUCAUAUUAAAGAGUUGUCGCGUUUGUUGUUUCCUUGUUAUGCUUUUCUCGCCGUUCUCCCUUAUUUCGUCUAUUUUUGGAGUCGUAUGAGGAGCCAUUUUGUUCAAAUUCUCGCCUUAUGGUGAAAAUAUCUGGUAAGGACUCCUGUGGUUUGUCUGAAUAAUGUUUCCUUAUUCUGAAUAAAUGAACUCCGCUGUUUCUUUCUGAAUCAGAUGAUUUGAUUAAGUGUGAUGUUUAUGGUUUCAUUUUCGGUAAUAAGAAGUUUUACUUUAAA